UACCUGAUUAUCAAUAUAUAUUUAAUUUAUUGUGAAAAAGGCUCACGUGACAUUUGGUAUGUGUUGGUAUUAAUGAUUUGGUCGCACCACCUUGUGUAAAAAGAAUCGUUUUCAUCCAUAGGCUACACAUAAAGGGAACCGAACUUUUUGAGCGUGUUAAAUUCGAUAUUGCAACAUUUCAGUUCCUCCCCAACGUGUCAUCCCGUAUUUGGAGGAACAGCCUGAGUGGCAGGGGCAGAUGUUAACUGCAAUAGCGAGAUGCCAGCUACCUGGAAUAGAGCUGACCGCUGACCUGGAUUACAUCUGAUCUACACCACUGUGAAUACAACAAGAUGUUGCGUGCGUCUCUGUGUAGGUCCGUGCGUAAGUGGGUGCCACGACGAUGGUGGCACGUAAUUAGUGUAGGGCUAGUCACAUAUAUCAUCUGUACUUUUGUCUACACUGGACACUAUUUUCUAAAUCGUCAAAUAGCCAUUGGCUCUGAAGCACAACAAUCAGACGCUUUGCCCAGGUUCGUCAUCAACAGUGACAGUAACGCCAAACUCAUUAUAAAGACACACAGUUCGAACGACUCAGUGGUACAGCCGUUAGUCUUUAAAGAACAGAAAGUUAAUGCUGGUUUGGGGGAGAACCAUAACCAACCAGAAGCAAAGUUUAAAGAUGACAAUGGAAACGACGCAGACGACGUUAAGGAUGGUAAUGAACCAAGAGGAGCUGCUGCUGAGCACAAAGGCGACAUUGAAAAAGAUAAGCAUCAGGAAGUUACUGCACAACCUGAAGAGGAGCAAUAUCCACCAUUAGUGUUUGAUGACGAGGGACAAGGGCAGAUGGGGGAGCCCGUUCAUAUCGACGAGGGGAAUCUUCAUGGAGAAGAUAAAGAGAAGUACAAAGCAGGUUUCUCCAACAAUGACUUCAAUGAAUAUGCAAGCAACUUGAUAUCUGUUGACAGAAGGCUUCCCGACAUGAGAGACCCCCUGUGUAAAAGUCUGACAUACCCGGAUGCAUUACCGCCAACCAGUGUCAUCAUCUGUUUCCUGAACGAGGCUUGGUCAGUGCUCAUUAGAAGUGUGCACUCUGUGAUCAACAGGACACCGCCACAUCUGCUGAAGGAACUAAUUCUUGUCGACGACGGUUCGAGUCAUGAAAAUCUAAAGAAACCCCUUGAGAUUUACAUGAAGAAAUUUCCGAAAGUGAAGAUCCUCAGGAAUGUGCAACCAGAAGGACUGAUGCGGGCACGGAUUUUGGGAGCUAAAUUCGCUUCAGGGAAAAUCUUAACAUUCCUCGACUCACACAUAGAAUGCACCACAAACUGGUUACCUCCCCUGCUGAUGAGAAUACGUAUGAAUUCAACAAGAGUUGUCUGGCCUGCCAUACCCGGAAUUGAUCGCAAAACGUUUGCCUUCAAGACAAAUGUUGAUGCUAAAGUUCUUCAAGUUGGAAUAUUUACCUGGUCGUUGGUAUACACUUGGGAAACUCCUCGUCUUGAGGACAGAGCAACACCCAUCUCCCCGGUAAAGAGUCCUACCAUGCCAGGAGGACUGUUUGCAAUAGAUAGGGACUUCUUCUUUCAUAUUGGAACGUAUGAUGAUGGGAUGUCGUUCUGGGGAGCUGAGAAUGUGGAAAUAUCAUUUCGGAUCUGGAUGUGUGGAGGAUCAAUCGAGCUGAUACCUUGUUCUGUUGUUGGCCACAUCUUUCGGUCAAGGAACCCAAACAGUGGUGGCGCCAACACCGGCAAGUGGACACGUAACACGCUGAGGACAGCGGCUGUGUGGCUGGACGAGUACAAGCACUUCUACUCCAGGGUGUCGGGAAGGAAACUGGUAAACUACGGGGAUGUUUCAGCGCGUCUACAGCUACGUCAACAACUCCAGUGUAGAAGUUUCCAGUGGUAUUUAGAGAAUGUCUACACAACAGCCUUCUUACCAAAAAGAGCAACGCUAAGUGGCCUUAUCCAUAGUAACCAUAACGCCUCUUUCUGCAUCCAUGGCGAAUAUGAUCAGAUGAACAGACUUGUCCUUAUACGGAAAUGUGAAAAGAAGUAUUUUCAUAACCAAGUGUUUUACGUCAUGCCAAACGAUGAGCUGAGAUUGAUAGCGAACUGCAUGGACAUAGGCAAAGGUCGACCGAUUCUAUAUCCCUGUCACAGAAUGAAAGGCAACCAAGAUAUUCGCUAUACAAAGAACCGAACAAUCUACCACCCGCCAUCAAAUACAUGUCUCACGUGGUUACAACAUUCAGACAAACUUGACCUCCGGGCUUGCGAUGGUGGAACGAGACAGGAAUGGUUUUGGGAAAAGGUUCCCUGGACCGACGUGUAGGUGGGACGGUAUACGGGCACACAGAGUCACAACUACUGCAGCUAUGGAUCAUUAUAUAUAAUUGAAAAAGGCCGACGUACUUAAAAUCAAGUCGACAGUGUGGAAACAUAUCAACAAAUUUAGAAAAUCGAGUAAAAUACAUAUAGAAGACUAUCCAUGCGUCCUGGACUAAAGAAUCAUCCAUACAUUGUGCCAUACACAACAUGCCAUUAAUCUGGAGUUACCUAUCUAAAUAAGGUAGAGGAAAUGGCUUUCUUUCAAAACCUUUGAUCCUUAGAAACAUCAUGUACUACAACUUGGAAAGAUAACUUUCCACACAUGUACUUUUUGAAAUGCAGAGAAGAAGAAUUCAGUCUCAACAGUUCAUGUAAACAAGAUGGUGUUAUAUCACGUCUCAUUAAACAAUACCAUAAUAUACAUGACCUAAACCUUAA